AUGUCAUCACCACUCCCUAACUUCACAGAUCUUAGUGAUCUUCACAAAUGUGCAAACAAUUUGCUACACUCCCCACAUAUACAACAAGCCCUCCACCACCACCAUCACGAAACGAUGUCAUCAAUUCGAGACAUCUCGGAAGCAUCAUUGAAGAUGUUGGACAUGUGUGGAGCAACUAGAGAAUCACAUUCAUUGAUCAAACAACACCUCAAAGACGUACAACACUCCCUACGUCGGGCCCACAUCGAGGGGUUUGAUUUUGAGGCCCGUAUAUCGGCCCAUGAGAUAAACGAUAAGAAGGUUAAGAAGAAGGUGGUGCAAUGCCUUAGAGCUACGAAAGUAAUGAAGAGUAAAUAUUUUACGUCCGACCUUUCACUUGUAGAUCCAAGUCUAAUAGUAGUUGUGCAUGUUUUAAGGGAACUAAGAGGAGCAACUAUAUCUAUUUUGGAGUCUUUAUUAUCUAUUGUUAUAUUACCAUAUAGUAUUAGAAAUGUUGCUCAUAGAAUCACCCAAAGUUCUUCAUUUGCAUCGAAAUUAAGGCGAAUAAAUUGCCAAAAGUUGUUGGAAAGAUGCGAUACAUUGGAUGUUGAAGUGGAAAAUAAGAGAUUAGAAGAAGUAUCAAGUUCCAUGGAAGAUCUUGAGGUGGAGUUAGAGUCUAUUAUUAGACGUUUGAUGAGAACUAGAGUUUUACUACUUAAUUUGCUUACUAAUUAA